UGGUGUCAGUAAAUAUAUAUAUAUAUAUAUAUUUUAUCCCGCAAUAACAUAAUUUCAUUGUUGGGUUAUUAAUAAAUCAAGGGCAAUAGAUUCCUUAGUUUUACAUAAAGGUAACCUAGGGAACAAUCCCUUUACCAUCCGCACAGACCUGGCCUUUUUUUGCUGGAUCGAAGUUAAUUGUUUAUGCUAAUCUAUUGGUCAUUAAAGAGGUAUGGAUGUAUGAGGUAUUAUUCAAAAUUUUGGAUUUAUUAUGUGAGACGUAUCCUGCUUUCACGUUGGAUAUUACACUUGUGGGGAAUAUCCUGGUGAGUUUGGAUAUAUCACAUUUGUUGGAUUUUAUCCUGGUGAGUUUUCGGAUAUUUUUAUUUUACAAACCAUGGAUUCUAACCGCGAUUUACCUGGGAUCGUCGUUCUUUGGAAGUAAAUCGGUGCCUGGAUGGAUUAAAUACCCCUAUAUUUUCUUGAGAAUUAUAUUCAGGCAGGUUUAUUCACCUAUGGACUAUUCAUCAGAGAAGACAGGGAGGAUUGUCGGUUUUUCCUCACCACCUUUCUACUGCUGGGCAGAGAGAAUUUUUCUGGAAGUCUCCAAACCAAGGAUAUCUGCUACUCGUCUGGAUUUAAAUAACAUCAUGGACCAAGGGAUGUAAGUUGCCAUCGUAAGGAUGUAAGUUGGCUAGUUGUCAUCACAGGGCCCCAUCAAUACAUCAUUCACAGCUAGUUGAUCAUUUUCAGACAAGGGAAUUUACAUUUUACAGGGUAUAAUUGUAAUUUAGUAUGGAGUUUAUAUCAAAAGGAACUAAAGAGAAACUGAGGAGUAACAGGAACACCUAUCAAGAAAUUCCAUUGGAAUAUUUUUCAGAGAGAUGGCCAUGAAGACAACUGAAGACAUGCGUUAUGGAUGUACCUGCCUCAUGGAAGUAACCCCCACAUUGGGUGUAAGGAUGUUGGGUAUAGGAUGUACACAGGUGUAACCGCACUUCUUUUGUUGGAUUACUCUGCUUCAGUGUGGAUUUAGCUGUAUAUCCUCUCAGCAUCAGUAUUUGGGGUUACUAACAAAGAACAGAAACGUCUGCAUUUUCAAAGAAAACUGAAUGAAGCCUGAAGAUGUCAUCUACACAGUGAUGGGAGUAGACUGUCUAUUUUCCCCUUGGGAUAUGUAAUAGUGCUAUUUUAAGGAAUUAAUUACGUUGCAGUGGACUAGGAUUAUUCCGUGCAUUAUGGCGAGAGAAGAUGCUGUUUGUUUUUUUACUGGAGGGUAUGCAAACUGGAUUGCUAGUUUUGAAGAGGAAUAAUACAGAUCUCUAUUUUGGACAGUAAUAUGCAGACAACUCAGACUUGUUCCUUUUUUUUCUAGCAAGUUGGAUAUGUUUUCAGUCUAUCCUGUCUCUAGUGUCACUUUUGAAAUGCACCGCUAUGCCCUUAAGUGUGACUCAUGUUUUGUUUUUUUUCAAAUUAAACCUGUAUCAAUCGUUGUCAUAAAAAAAAAAUAUUUCUUUGGUUGUUCUUUCUUUUUACAUCAAACGAAGAGAUUAAGAGAUGGUGGAUUAUACCUAAGAUGCCUACCCUACCCAGUGUUCUACUCGAACAUCAGACUCUAUACACAUGAAGACAAAAUAACCUUUUUGCUCAAGUUUUUUUUUUUUUUUUUUAUCCAAAUGAUUUUUUGCUUUUUAUUCCGGCUCACACAAUUCUGACGACCUAGAUUGUAUUUGGGAUUAUAGGUUCGGUUACUGCUUUUGGAAAAGCUCAGAGACUCGGGAGCGUGCAUAUGAUCACAGCCCCUAUGGACACCAUGAGCGCACUGGCACUUUUGAUAGACAGCGCCACUACAACGCAGACUAUUACCGUGAUCGCACCAUGUUUGCAGCUGGAGUUAGCCCUGGCCCUGGAAGUAGCAGUGCAAUGGGGGGGAGCUUUGAAACCCCAGAGCCUCAUUUUGAGUCCAGGAUCCGAGGAGAUCCCUUCACCUUGUCUAGUGCUGCACGCCGUGACCCCUAUCGAGAUGAAAGGGGACGUCGUGUUGACAGGACUUACCAUCACCGCCGCAGUCGAUCAUCUCAUUCCUCACAGUCUCGACACCCCUCCCCGCAAAGGACCACGGGACAAACACCCAAAGCCCCCCAUUCCCCCAAAAGAGCCCCCCUCUCCCCUGAAAGAGGUCCGUGCUCUAGGUCCUGCAGUAGGUCCUCUAGCUCUGAUUCUGUCAGCAGCACCAGCAGCACUGGCAGUGGCAGCAGCGAUUCAAACAGCAGUUCAAGUGAAGGGUCUCGUGCACGCUCUGUUCAGUCCUCUGCUACACAUGCACCUCCCUCUCAGCCCUGUUCCAUGGUGAUGGAAGGUGAUGAGCCACGCAGAAGCUUUGGCAUCAGGGUGCAGAACCUACCAGUGCGUUCCACAGACACAAGUUUGAAAGAUGGACUGUUCCAUGAGUUCAAGAAACAUGGGAAAGUGACAUCUGUGCAGAUCCACGGGGCUUCAGAGGACCGAUAUGGUCUGGUGUUCUUCAGGCAGCAGGAAGACCAAGAGAAAGCCCUCAACGUCUCCAAAGGAAAGCUUUUUUUCGGCAUGAUGAUCGAGGUUUCUGUCUGGAACGGCCCUGUCUUUCCCUCAGAAACUGAGAGCGAGAAUGAAUUCAGGCCAUUAGAUGGACGGAUUGAUGAAUUCCACCCCAAGGCCACAAGGACCCUGUUUAUCGGCAACUUGGAGAAGACCACCAGUUACCAACAGCUCCUUGAUAUCUUCCAGCGCUUUGGAGAGAUUGUGGAUAUUGACAUUAAAAAAGUCAAUGGUAUUCCUCAGUACGCCUUUGUGCAGUAUUCUGAUAUUGCCAGUGUCUGCAAAGCUAUAAAGAAAAUGGAUGGAGAGUAUUUAGGGAGCAACCGGCUCAAGCUGGGUUUUGGAAAGAGUAUGCCCACAACAUGUGUUUGGCUGGACGGUUUGGCUUCCAACAUCACAGAGCAAUAUCUCACACGCCACUUCUGCCGCUAUGGACAUGUAGUCAAGGUGGUAUUUGACAGGUUGAAGGGGAUGGCUCUCAUCUUGUAUAACAACACAGAUUUUGCACAGGCAGCUGUCAGGGAGACCAAAGGCUGGAAGAUUGGAGGCAACAAAAUAAAAGUGGAUUUUGCCAGCCAAGAGAGUCAGAUGGCUUUUUAUCGCUCUAUGCAAGCCUCUGGGCAAGACAUUAGAGACUUCUAUGAAAUUCCAACUGAAAGAAGGGAGGAACGACCAAGACCUCCAUACCAUGAGUUCUCAGCAGAAAGAGCUUACUUUGAGAAUGUACGCACCCCUGGCACCAUUUACCCCGAAGACCCUCACAGAGACUACCCCGCCCGCAGCCGUGAGCGGUAUUCGGAGUUGGAGCAUUACCAGGGAGAACACUUUGACCCACGCUAUCAUGAGGACCCUCGGGAGUUCAGGGAUUAUCGAGAUCCUUUUGAGCAGGACAUUCGGAAGUACACAUACAUCCAGAGGGAGCGAGAAAGGGAGCGGGAGCGCUUUGAGGCAGACCGAGUCAGGUGGAGCCCGUCUCAUCCACGGCGCCCGAUCACCCCUUCUGCCUCCCCUUCACCAUCUGAGCGUGCUCCCAGAGACCCAGAGCGGCAGGUCUACAGCCAGUCCUCUGAGCGAAGUGGUAGUUGCAGCUCACUCUCACCACCACGCUUUGACAAGGCUGACAAGGCUCCUCCAUUGGAACAUGGAGCCAGCUCUAAGAGUGAGAGGUUGGAAAAAGACGCCCACUUGGUUGAACCUGAGCGUGGAGCUGGGGCUGAGAAAAGCAAGCGGGGAAGGCGAAAGGAGAAAGGUGACAAAGAAAAGGGGGAGAAGAGUAAAUCAAGGAAAGGAAAGGUGCAAUCUCCCGGCAUCCCACCAUCUGAGACCAAGCUAGAUCCCAGCCUGGAUGGAGGCUCUGGAAGGGGAAAGGUGUCGGACCAAGACAGCCUUGAGAGACAGAUAUAUAAAGGUGACAAUGACCCUCCUCCUUCAGAUCCGACAGCGUCAACCUCUCGCCAUGAGCCUGUAAAAAGUGAGAGACUUGAGUCAGGGAAAGGUGAAAUCGCAGACAAGGAUGUUAAAACACGGUCCAAGAAACACCAAAAGUCUGACACUGGAAAUGAUGGGAAAGAUCCAUCAAUGGAUUCUGAUCGGCUGGCUGCGAGAAAGAGGCGCUUUGGGGAUGCCAGUGGGAGGACCAUUCGGCAGAAGAGGAGAAGGCUGGAGGAUGGGAGUCAACCCCCAGACUUUGGAGCAAGCACUGCCUUUUCAAAAGAGAUGGAUGGCGACAAUAAGGCUCAACAAAAAGACUCACAGCGGAGGGAUUCAAGAUCCAAAACGGAGAGGCUGGUGUUUCCUGGUAGUCAGGAUCCUGUAAUGAGAGGACAGGAAGCGCUGCCCGAGGGGAGCAUGGACCCUAUAGACUCAAAACGCCACAGCAUGUCUAGAAGGUUCUCCCACGAGGGGAACAUGGAUCAGGAUAAUGCAAGAGAUCAAGAUCCACCAAGCCCGUUCAAAUAUGGUGCACAGGACAAUGACAAGGGUGUCAAGGAAGAGCCUCUGGAUAUUGACCUCUCCCAGAGUUACCGCAAACAGAUGGAGCAGAGGAGACUUCACCAACAGCUCCAAGAGCCAGACAAACAAGAAAAACCAGGAAGUCCACAAGACUUAGAAAGGGAGGAUCUUGAACACCGCAGUCUGGUACAUGAAGUGGGCAAGCCACCUCAAGAUGUCACAGAUAAUUUCCCAUCUCAUAAACUCAAGAAACUAGAGCAAUUUGAUGCAGAUAUUAGUGCCAAGAGGGGGGACCGUGUCUACAGGAGCUUCCGGCAAAAGAGUGAAGAUCCUGAGUGGAACAACACUGCAUCUCCAGGCUUGCAACACUUCUCUCGUCGUGCUGAAGAUCCCGAGUGGAACAACACUGCAUCUCCAGGCUUGCAACACUUUUCUCAUCAUGCUGAAGAGGACUUUGCGGUAUCGUCACACCUCAGGGAGGUUAAAACUGAGGAUAAAAGCCACCCAGACCUGGAGCUGGCAGUCAAAAGGACACAUACAAUGCAAAUGUCCAAGUCAAACACUCCUUUACAAAUUAGUGAGGAAGAGCGGGAAAAACGUUGGGAAAGCAGAGUCAAGCAAGAUUUUUUACCUGACUUAAACUUCUCAAGAGGCAUUGCAAAAAAUCCACACCAUCGCAAGCGUUUGGAGUACGGAAUUGUGCAUGAUUUGGAGCCUGGGGAAGUACGAUCCGAUUCUGAGGAGGAUAGAGAGAACAAACCACACUCUCCUAUGCCCUCCACUUCGGUACCUUUGUCUGACAGGCAGAGAGUGGACAGAUUUUCAGACCCUAAGCUUGCCACCUUGGAAAGGAUGAAGUUCUACUCCUUUGCACUUGACCAAACCAUCACACCAGAUACCAAGGCCCUGCUAGAGCGAGCAAAGUCUCUGUCCUCCUCUAGGGAGGACAACUGGUCUUUCUUGGACUAUGAUUCACACUUUGCUGGUUUACGCAGUAGGAAAGAUACUGAAAAGGUUGAGUCAGCACCUCGACCUACACCCUCUUGGUACAUGAAGAAGAAGAAAAUUCGCAGUAGUGGGUCUGAAGACAAACUAGAUGACCGGAAGGAAGAGCCCAAGCCCAAGCCAGAGGAACAUGAACGCAGGGAACUGUUUGCCUCACGUUUCCUUCACAGCUCGAUAUUUGAGCAGGACUCAAGACGUCUUCAGCACCUUGAGCGAAAACAUGAGGACCCUGAGCAGAGUCAGGGUCAGCAAACUGGUCAGCAAGGCCUGACAGACGGGCAGCCUGACACAGAACCAGUUGUCCUCUUCCAUAGCCGCUUUUUGGAGUUCACACGGCUUCAACAGCAGAAAGACCAACCGCUACCGGAUGUGAAAAAGGCAGAUUCCAUAGAUGACAAUAGGGUGGAGAAGUCACCUGAGGCAGAACAGCAACCUCUGCAGUUACCUAAAACCUCAGAACUUGUCAUGGAUUCAGAGAUUAAACCUAUUAGCCCAGCUGAGGACAUGAUUUCCCAGCCCCCACUUAUGCCCAAGGAGAUGUCUCGACCCAAGCAGAUGUCUCCACCCCUUCCACCCAAGCAGAUGUCUCCACCCAAGCAGAUAUCUCCACUCCUUCCACCCAAAGAGAUGUCUCCACCAGUGGAAACACGUGUCAUGUUUACUCCAUCCCUAGAGCCAGCUGCUCUAGAACCUUUGACUAAAGAAGAAAACAUAAAAAAUGAACAGCUCCCUCCCCUCCUGCAAAUGUCUCCCCGUUCGAUGUCUCCCCCUGCUUCUGUUAAUUUAGUAGCCCCCGAGCCCAUUCGUUUGGUGAGAAAAGUUAAAAGAUUCCCUAGUGAAGAGAAAUCUAAAGAUAUAGCUCAGGAUAUUAAAACAUUGACCCCUGAGCAGUCUUCCAACAGUGAUUGCCAUAUUCAUAAAACGUUAUUGAGUCGUUCUGAGCUUGAGCUGGCAUCUCCUGAAUUACCACCUGAAUUGAAAAGUUCCACACCACCUAACCUUGUUGAUGAGAUGUCAAAAGAGGAUGCCAACACUGAAGAUACAGACACUCAUACAGAGGUGGAAAAGAAACUUGAUCUUAAUCAGAUACAGGUGCUUGUUGAUAAUGAAACCAGGGAUGAGUCAAUUUCACCACAGAAGUCUAAGAACAAAAAGAGUAAGUCUCCUACUCAAGUCCCACUGACACCUUUGGUUUCAGCAAAUAGUUCAGAGAAACCACUUACACGCAAGAGUGAACGCACAAAGCGUGCAUCAUCCCCUAGAGCGGAGUCUUUGAAGGGAAGCUUGGAUUCCAAAUCCACAGGCAAGUCUCCCAUACAUGGUGCAGACCCCGAGCAUGGCACAGAGCAAAGUAUAUAUGUUGGAAGAGCAAGGCGUAGAAAUGUGAAAUCUGUAUAUGCCACCCCAGUUGAGGAAGAUGCCACUAAGGGGGCUGGAAAGGAUGUAACUGAGUCACCACGUUCUGCACGAAAGCGAGGUGGAGACAAAGACAAAGAAGCAGCCCCUCAGCAACCAUUAGAACAGGAUUCACUUGUACCUAUCACCUCAAGGCGGGGACGUCCUCCUAAGAAUCGUCAAAAAGGAGAGGACAUGUUAACAGCUAAAGGGGAUAGAUCAAAAAUGGAGACCAAGGAUACGGACUCCAAUGAAUCAGAGAGUAGUGAAAGAAUCUCAAAAGUGUCAAAAGGCAGACAUUCUCCUCAUGGUCAUAAAGUGUUGGCAAGUCAGUUACCCACGCCCACAGUGACUGGAUCCAGUAGGAAGGGGGGAAAAACUGAGCCCCCUGAAGAUGUUGCUCAACCGAUAGAUUUUACAGAGGAGGACAAUUUGGCCAUGCCAGAUUCCACUGUCUCAUGUAAAGAAGAUUAUGUGGUGCCAGUUGUGACAAAAAAAGAGGAGAAUGUCAAGCAACGACUAGGAACAGAGAAAUCAAGAGAUCAAGACAGGCAGAAAAUUGACCCUAUUGACGAGAAAGCCAGUGGAACUAAAUUAGGUGAGAAAGAGACUGAACCUCCAGUCAUGGAAGAACAGCCUGUUUUGGAGAAGAGUGGGAGAGGAAAAGCCCCACGCUUGACACGGAUUCCAAAAUCUCCUGUCCUCAAGAACCUCAAGAUCAGACUAAAUGUCACUGAGGUGAAAGAUUUACUUCAAAUGGGGGAUGAAGAACCCGGAAAUCAGGAUGAUUCUUCUAAAAAGACUAAACCAGGCGAACCUACUAAUGACCCAUUAUUAUUAGAGUCUAGUCCAGGACAAGAUGUGAGUUGUAGCAACGAGGAUAAAGAUGGGGUGACGACAGAGAAUAAGCCUCCAAUAGAUCCUAAAACUUUGCUACAACAGGAACAGGAGCUGGAGCAAGCUGUGGAGAACAUUGCUAAACUGACAGACCCAACCCUCCCAGCUGAGCCACCCACUCCACCUGCCCAACCACCUGCAGAAUUAAAAAUUGAGACUGAGGAAGACAAACCAGCCAAUCCUGCUAGUGAGUAUGAACUUGCUGCUGCGAUUGAUUCCAUUAUGGGUGAGGAUAUAGCCGUCCCUCUGCCUCAAGAACCGGUAAAUAGUGCUGUUGUGGAUUCAGAUCUAGAGAUUCCAACCUUCAUCCAGCCGACCAAGCGAGCUGAACCUGUGACUAACAUAUCUCCUGUUCAGGGGGAGUCCUUUUUCCCAACCACACCCAGGAAAGGUGCUAAGGGCAGAGCUAAAACACCGAAGCGGUCUAAGAGCCAAAAGUCUAACAAAAAGGAUGUUGUAAAAGAAAGUUCAUCAGAACCGGAGAACACCUCUGUUAUCACAUCAGACAGCACACCCUCUAACGAACAGCCUGUUCCAGAAAGUAUUCCCUCAUCUACAGUUGCUGGUGUCAUUACAGCCACCUCUUGGAAGCCUGAAACGGUGCAUUUGGCUCCCAAGACUACAGACAUGCCUAAAGAAUCAAAGUUGCCUCCAGCCCCUGCAGAGCAACCUCCACCUAAACAUCUGAAACCUGUCUGCCCCACAACCAAAAGUCCCACUCUCACCAAGCCUCAUACACAACCACCACCACCGGAGUGCAUCUCACCCUCACUUUCUCCACCCCCAACCCGGCCAAACAUCAGAACCACACAGCCAAGCAGGAUCCCAGUUUCCCCACCAGAUUGGCUCAACCAGUCCAAGGAUGCAGUUGUCCCUUCCUCUCCUAGAGCAUCAGCAGCUCCCGUAGAGAACCCAGGACUUCCCCUUGACACUGAGCACAUGGAGACUGAUCACAACAUCAGUGACUUGCGUAGGAUUCUCAUGAAGCACAAAAAUGUUUCACUCCCAGUCCCAUGCAGUAGUACUGUUCCUUCCAAUCUGGGCACCUCGUCCCUUAGGGAUCCUCCACACCCUUCUGAUAGUAAUACUCCAAUGGUUGUUGUACCUAGUAAGGCCUCUCUAAAUGACAACAGGCUGCCAUCUCAUCCAGCUCAGCCUGUAGUCCGGCCCCCAGCCUCACUACCAUCCCCUGAGUCGAAGUCUGUGAUUUCUGUUAUCGCCUCCACUGCCACUUCUGUUAUCAGUCGUGUUUGCAAUCCACCCGACAUGGAGAAAGUUAAUAUGUCGGUUGACAGAAAUCCCUGUGUGGACAUGCCACUUCCCAAGCAGGCAUACAGGCCGCCCAGCAUGGAGGACAGGGACAGUGGUUUGUACCAUGGACCAUCAGUUGGUGAGGAGGGUGGAAGUGCUGGGAGGUACUUGGUUGAGAGCUCCGGUCUGGGUACGGGCUCUAUCCCAGGUCUAAGGGUGAAUACCUCAGAGGGAGUGGUGGUGCUGAGUCACUCAGGGCAGAUCAAGGAGGGACCACAGAGGAUAAGUGCCAAAAUCAGCCAGAUCCCACCAGCUACUGCAGUUGACAUGGAAUCUCAGCAGCUUGUGUCCAUGCCCCAAAUAAAACAGGAGAUGUAUACCCACUCCCAGUCAAACACUCCAAAGUGUCCUCAAAUACAGACAGACCAUGGGCAUCCUAAGACGCAACAACCUGUGUCCGCUAUUAAACAAGAAAACACUGGUAUGGAUAAGUUAGAAUCUCCCUACCCAUCAGGGCCUCAAGGAGUUGUGAAGAGGCUCCAGCAGACGGUUAGUAGUCCACAAGUGAUGGGUUACCAUCAUCCAGAGUUCACAAUGUUAUUGAAGCAUCCAAAAAAAGUGGAUGGGGCUGAUGCUAUGACUGCUGAUGGGGGUAAACCAUCUUGGAACUCUGCCAUAAGUCCUGCAAUGAGCCCCCACUUGCCCUCUCCGGCUGGCAACCACGUAGGCUUUGUUUCCGGCUCGGCCACUGACAGAACUCCAUCACAUCUCAGUGGGGUCAAACAGGAGCCCCGUUCACCUCGAAAGUCAGGCCACCCACACUCUCCGUUCACUAAAGUGUCCUCUCCCAUUGGCGGCUCCUCUCCGAAAGGCCUCCCUGGGAUGCUGCCCUCUGGCCUUCCCGCCAUGCAGCAGUAUGUCACCAGUGUCCACCACCCUGAGCAGUCUGUUAUCAUGCAACCUCACAGUGCUCACAGUGGCAUUGGCAGGAUGUCACCCCAUCGUGUCUCCCAAGCAAUCCCCAUGGGGCACCUUGUCCAAGGAGAGGUCAGGGUGAACACACCACCCCUCUCUGUGAUGAGUUUCGGAAUGCAUGGAGACCCUCUUGCCUCUCCCUGGUCUGGUCCUCUCCAGCAACGUCCCACCUCGCCCCAGGCGGUAGGCAGAGACAUGGUCCUCAAGGUUAACCCUGGGAAUGUAAGGAGCCACGAGGGAGAGCAAGAGGAUGCCAGACGCUUCCAUCAGGCCACAGGGAGACCAUCUGCCACCCAACUGAAACCAGAGACUAUGCAGGUGGAUCCCCGCGGAGCUCUACGUAGCGGGCUACAGCUGGACCCGUACAUGUCACCCAGGGACAUGCGUGUGCUCAUGCACCACCCGCAGGGAGAGCGCUCUGCCUCAGAACCACACCAGGGACACAUCCAAGAGACUGUCCCACCCUCUUCGACAUCUACCAAUAUCACAUCGUCCCUGUCCCCCAGGGCACAUCUGCUGACUAAAGGUGUUUCUGAGAAGGAUGGCACAAAGCCACAGGAGGUCAAGAGCCCACACUCUCCUCUGAAGGAUGGGAUGAUGGGGAUUCGGCCAUCUAUGGCCGCCAUGGCGUCCCCACAAAGGGUGCAGUUGCUGCCAUCAGGGACCGGAGCUUCCUUCUCAGAGUAUCCAGGAAUGUACAGCAACACCCGGGCCGUCCAUUCCCAGAUCCCAGAGACUUCUUUUGGGGUCAACCAGGCACCUAUCAACAUCACUUCUGCCUUAGGUACAGACCCCAGCCAGUCACAAGCUGAUGGCAAGGUGAAACAAGUUGGACACCAACCUGUCAACAUGGUGCAGCUGCUCACGAAGUACCCGAUAGUGUGGCAAGGGCUGCUAGCACUGAAGAAUGACCAAGCUGCUGUCCAGUUGCAUUUUGUCUGUGGCAACAAAGCAUUGGCUCUACGAUCGCUGCCCUUACCAGAGGGAGGAGCGCUGCUUCGGAUCGUCCAGAGAAUGAGACUUGAGGCAUCACAACUGGAUGGUGUGGCUAGAAGAAUGACGGGGGAGAGUGAGUUCUGUCUCCUGCUAGCUCUGCCUUGUGGACGGGACCAGGACGAUGUCCUGAAUCAGACCCAGGCCCUAAGGACCGCUUUCAUAAACUACUUGCAGGCCAAGCUGGCUGCAGGCAUCAUCAAUGUCCCCAACCCAGGCUCCAAUCAGCCUGCCUAUGUGUUGCAGAUAUUCCCACCAUGUGAGUUUUCAGAGAGCCACUUAUCCCGGCUAGCCCCUGACCUCCUCAACCGGAUCUCCAAUAUCUCCCCUCACCUCAUGAUUGUCAUCACCUCUGUGUAACAACCCACCCCCCUCCAGCGGGGAAAAGGAACCACAUCUUCUUAUUAGUGGAUGUACACCAAGUUGAGCCUCAGGAAACAAGAGGAAUGGCAGGAUCUUUGCUCCUGGAGACACUGGGAACAUUUGGGAAUAACGUGCUAUUCAAACUUUUUUUUUUCACACCUGUCUGGUAUUUUUGUCCUUCUCAAAAGAGCGAGCUCAGGGAUGGACUACACCAGAACCCUAUAUCUCUGCUGUAUUUGUAUUUAUUGGGGAGUUUUAUUUUUACGUAGGGAGUUACUUUGAAGAAAACAUUUUGAUGUUUGAUGAAUAAGAAGAAUGAGUGACUUCGUGGGUGGCCUUUUAUUCUUCAUCAUUUUAAUGAUUUUUGUUCUUUUAAAAAAAAAUCUUCAUAAGAAAGGAUCAUGGAAGCCAUUAAACAAUGGCAAAAAUAGACAUUUCAACGUGUGUUUUUAAGUACAGUGAUUAUGUACAAACAAAUUUCAUUGUUCAGCCUUUCCCAUAGAGGAAGAAGGAACUUUCAAAAACUUUUAGGGCACGUCUCAAAUGGCAUCCUAUUUCUUAUAUGGUGCACUACUUUGGGCCCUGGUCAAAAGUAAUGCACCAUAUGGGGAUAGGGUGCCAUUUGGGAUGCACUGAGAUCUUGUAGAGAGGACUGUAUCAGCCUAACAAACCCCUUUUGAUUCCACCAGCUCUGUUCCAUUUCUCUACUUAAACAAGACAAGGCUGUUCCCUUCCAUCUGUUUCCGCAUUAUACGACCAACAGUGGGAUUUAAGAGUUUUUGGAAUACUGGACUCUGUAAAUAUUUUAAAUAUUUAAAACUGACAAACUAGAACUUGGGACAACUUGACACCAAGAGACUUCCAUGGAAAUACAAGGAUGUAUACAAGGAUGAAUUAAUUGGGGGUGUAAGGAAGGACUGAGGGAAACCCCUUUGUGGUGUAAAUACUUGUGACACAGCAGGUUGGAAUACUUGUGUGGAGUUUGCUGAGGGCACUUCACAUUUUGUUACUCAAAUAAAAAAUUAAUCCAGAAAACUAAAACAGUCAUGAGCUCUUUCAUCUGGAUGUUUUUUUUUCUUGUUUCUCUUUGAGAUGCUGUCUGUUUGAAAUAAAUAUUUGAACAUUGUGUAAAUAUAA